CUCAUCACCAUCCAACAGGAGCGCGGUCACAGUCCGGACACUCAGCGCGUUUCACACACGCAUCAGUGGGAUAAUAAAACUAAAUCUGCCGUGGACCUAAAAACGGUUUUAUUUAAGGCUCCACGUGGGAAAAAAGUGUGAUAUUGGCGCUGAACUCCAGAGCACACUCAUGUCAGACGAAACAGGAGGCUUACUGAGGGAACUUUAACCGAGCAUCACGUUUAGCUGGUGGAGCAGGGAGCUAAAACUCAGGGAUAUGUCCAGUAGCACUGGAAGAGGCCAUGGGGGUCUUAACCAACUAGGUGGAAUGUUUGUUAAUGGUCGCCCGCUUCCGGAGGUUAUCCGGCAACGCAUCGUGGACAUGGCACACCAGGGGGUUCGACCCUGCGACAUAUCUCGGCAGCUCCGGGUCAGCCACGGCUGCGUCAGCAAGAUCCUGGGACGGUAUUAUGAGACAGGAAGCAUCAAACCAGGGGUAAUUGGUGGCUCCAAGCCUAAGGUGGCCACCCCAAAGGUUGUGGAGAAGAUUGCAGAGUACAAGAGACAGAAUCCCACCAUGUUUGCCUGGGAAAUCAGAGAUCGACUGCUGGCAGAAGGGGUGUGUGACAGCGACACGGUGCCCAGUGUGAGCUCCAUUAACAGAAUAAUUCGAACUAAAGUCCAACAGCCCUUUAAUCUCCCUCUGGAUGGGAAUGGUCUGAGUCCAGGACAUACCUUAAUUCCGAGCUCUGCCGUCACCCCGCCAGAGUCCCCUCAGUCAGACUCUUUGGGCUCCACCUACUCCAUUAACGGCUUGUUAGGAAUCCCCCCACCAAACACCGACGGCAAGAGGAGCCAUGAUGACAGUGACCAGGAUAGCUGUCGGCACAGCGUGGACUCCCAGGGCAGUGCAGGCGUCCCAAGAAAACAGAUGAGAGUUGAACACUUCUCCACAGCUGCACAACAUCUGGACUGUGGGUUUGAUCGUCACCACUACCCACCAGAUUCCUUCAGCUCCACCUCGGUCAACAAAGCAGAACAGACUUUGUACCCACUGUCGCUCAUCAAUGGAAACCUAGAUGAGGCCAAGACCAGCCUCUCAACAAGCAGCUCUGUCAUUGGACGGAAUCUGUCAGCACACCCAAGCUACACUGUGGUAACUGAGCCAAUCCAGACCCUGCCGCUCUGUCUAAAGCAGGAAAUGUCCCCUGAAGUUACCAGUACGAGCCCGUCACCAAACAUGGCGGCAUCCACCCUGGCGUAUGUGGAGCUGCAGGUGCUGCAGAAACCUGUUUCUGUUGGCAGCAGCUGCAAUGGCAACAACAGCAGCAGCUCCAACCCUUAUUCCAAUGCUUUCAACUCAUUUUCCCAUCAUGCACCAAUGUAUGGACAGUUCAGCAGUCAGUCUAUCAUCUCAGGGCGGGACAUGGUGAGCUCCACCCUGCCGGGCUACCCACCCCACAUCCCCUCUCCGGCCCAGACAGGUUACUCCUCCUCAGCUAUCACAGGAAUGGUCGCAGCAGGUGCAGACUACCCAGGUCAGUCCUACAGCCAUUCGCCCUACACCUCCUACAGCGAAGCAUGGAGGUUCACAAACUCCAGUAUAUUGGGCUCGCCCUACUAUUACAGCUCGGCCUCCCGUACCGGCCCCCCCUCUGCAGCUGCCUAUGACCACCUCUAGUCCCAUACAUCGGCAGAUUUAAGACAUUUUGAAAGCGGACUGAAAAACAUGUGCUGGCAGAUGUAAUCUCGGACCAAGGCAUGGAAGUCGAAACUGGAAGUUUUGCUGGAGAAAAUUUUUUUUUUUCUUGCAUCCUUUUAUGGUCCACAACUUUUUAUUGUAUUUAUUCAUCAUGACUAUUGCUAACAUACAGGGUGACUGAUUCAUGUUUACACACCCUUUCUGGGCCUGUUUUCUGUUUGAUUGUGUAUUCAUUUCUGUUGAAAUCUCUUUAAAGCUGUUUUUUGCCAAAGACUUUUCUUUUCUGGCACAUGUACAACUCACCUCCACAGAUCAAGCUUAUUGCUUAGAGAUAUACAACAUCUGUGAACCUAACUAUGCUCUAUUUGUUUACAUUGUGGAUGUGUUUUUUUCUUUUUCAAACUUGAAAAGUUAAAACUUGUAAUAAGAAAUUAAUUCAUACAGUUUGGCUGUAUCCCUGUAUGGAACAGCAGUCUGAAUCAGAAAUGCCCACUUUUAUGAUGCACAGUGCCCAUCAUAGAAAAUUCAAAUAUCUGUCCAGCAAUGUGUACAUAGUGUAAAUGAUUAAUUACUUAUGGGGAGAUGAUUUCACUAUGAGAAUUAAUGAUGAUCUGCAAGGGAGGUCAACAAAAAGGCUGGAAAUACAUACAUUGUUUUUGCUUUGAAUGAAUUUGAGUUUGUAGUCAUGCCGAUGUUCUGAUGUUUGGUAAAAAUGGUGACUAUUUUUUCUUAUACUGUUAUUAAUAUUAUUGCAGAUGUAAAUAUGGAAUUUCUAAAGAAAUAUUUUAAUUAAAAGCAUGACA